AAUUCCAUAUCACCAACUGUGGGCGACAUCGCUUCAGGCACUUCGAAUCGUCUCACUUACCAUAUCACCACACCUGGACAGACAGCCAAAAUAGUGAAUAUGUCGGCGGUUAUCACUGUUGAAGGAGUGUUGAUGCCGGUGGAAGAUCAACACAUCUACGCCAUAAGGGCAGCCGUUUCAGAAAAAGAUGGUUUCAUCGUCUCUCGUAUAACCGAUCCGAGCGCUGGUGUUUCUUCUACCGUCCCUUGA